GGGAGGCGCCACAUCCGGCGGCUGUCCCGUGGUGCAUAAAGCCGCCGCCGCUGCUGCCACCACCGCCGUUGGUUUCCAGCAGCAGCUCUGGCCUCCUCUCGGCUGCGGGAGCAGCUGCUCCAAUGCCCCAGAGCGGCCAUGAGCUCCCCGCACUGGUGGGACCAGCUGCGGGCUGGCAGCUCGGAAGUGGACUGGUGCGAGGACAACUACACCAUCGUGCCUGCCAUCGCCGAGUUCUACAACACGAUCAGCAACGUCUUGUUUUUCAUUUUACCGCCCAUCUGCAUGUGCUUGUUUCGUCAAUAUGCAACAUGCUUCAACAGUGGCAUCUACUUAAUAUGGACUCUGUUAGUUGUAGUGGGAAUUGGAUCUGUCUACUUCCAUGCAACCCUUAGUUUCCUGGGUCAGAUGCUUGAUGAACUUGCAAUCCUUUGGGUUCUGAUGUGUGCUCUGGCCAUGUGGUUCCCCAGAAGGUAUCUGCCAAAGAUCUUUCGGAAUGACAGGGGCAGGUUCAAGGCGGUGGUCUGCGUCCUGUCUGCAGUUACAACGUGCCUGGCGUUUGUCAAGCCUGCCAUCAACAACAUCUCUCUGAUGACCCUGGGGGUUCCUUGCACGGCGCUGCUCAUUGCUGAGCUAAGGAGGUGUGACAACGUGCGUGUUUUUAAGCUGGGCCUCUUCUCAGGCCUCUGGUGGACCCUCGCCCUCUUCUGCUGGAUCAGUGACCGGGCCUUCUGUGAGCUGCUGUCAUCCUUCCACUUUCCCUACCUGCACUGCGUGUGGCACAUCCUCAUCUGCCUGGCCGCCUACCUGGGCUGCGUGUGCUUCGCCUACUUUGAUGCUGCCUCCGAGAUACCCGAGCAAGGCCCCGUCAUCAAGUUUUGGCCCAGCGAGAGAUGGGCCUUCAUCGGCGUCCCCUACGUGUCCCUUCUGUGCGCCAGCAAGAAAUCACCGGUCAAGAUCACGUGAUGGCAAGGCAGUGGCUGGCCUCUCUGCUUACUUUCCCUCGCGCACCUGAACUUCAUCUGCCAGCAGAGACAGCCAGGGGGGUUCGCAGAGUCGGGGGUGGGGUCUGUCUUUUAAAAAAUUCAGUGCCCUUGGGUUCGAACUAGUGUGUCUGUGGACCGCCAGGACUCCACGGUGCCUGGGGAGCAGCGGGUGUCUUCCCCUUUCCCAAAGGUGGGAAGUAGAGGGCCGAGGGGCACUAGGUGUGUCUCCUCAGUGUCACCUCCAGCUACAGUGCUCGUUGGGCUGCGUCCUUUAUGGUGAUGGCAGGGCCGUCCCGUGGGGGACCCAGCGCUGCACACGCCUCGCUUCCUGGAGAGAGUUUGCUCCAGAUCCCACCGUUCCCAUGUGCUCUCGGAGCGGACCCUCCCUUGACAGACAAAUCCUGCGCCAGACAAGACCCUCUGACUGUAUGAUGGAAGAGGCCACAGGUUUUCAUUUGGGGAAACUGUCCUGAAACGAAAGCAAACAAAUGGAACGCACACAGGGCUUGUGGCUAAGGAGGCUGGUUUCCCCCCUUGCGGCUCUCCAUAACCCAGGGUUUACGUACAUGUGUGCAUCCUUUUCCUGCUACCUCUUCUGAGAGAUGGGGACUUGGCUUUAGAUCAGGGUGAAGCUAACAAGGAAAACCCUCUAUGCCAAAACCGACACUCCACGUUAAGCCAUUCUUGAAGAUAAGCACAAGUUUUAAAUGCUGACAUGGUCCCCGCUCCCCCAGCCCAGUACCCUCAAACACGCAAAGAGAAGACUAGCUACGGUGUGAGUGGUGUGAGCUUUCCAUACAGAGACCCACCCCUUUACUGCUUGACCUCUGUGACAUUGCCAACAGCCUGUGACAAUCGUGGUAGGGGUCCUGGUUCAAACUUGGAGCAAACAUGAAGUUUUAGAAGUUGUUCUCAUUGGAAGCCUCCUGUAUGCUGUCCUAUUCUGGAAAUUAUCCUCAAGAAUCUUGCCGCUUCUUUCUUUGAUAUUUACUGUGGGAAUUACACUCCAUAUCCUCACAGUAUGAGGUGCUUCCUGUGGUUUCUCCGCGCUGGCGUUUGACCACGUGCUUUUCUUAAGUGCUGGCCUUAACUACACACUGGCUGCUUUGGGUGCAGCAGGGCAAAUCUCUUGCCUUCUGAGUUCUCACCUAAAGUGACACUGGCUGCAACUCCUGUCCUCUUCACUGGGCUGAAUGGGAGACUCCACAUAUGUCUUCAAGGUGCGAGGUGGGAAUUCAUGACCUCAGGGAUACUCAUUUUAACUCAGGCAUCUCUUGCUUUGCAACAUUCCAUCACGAGAGAGGGCAGAACAGAUGUGUCCUUCUUGUGUGGAUGGGAAUCACGUCACUGUCCUAAGUAUUUAAGAGUUGGGCAGUAACAGUUUUUGGCUUGUCCGGGAACUCUUACUCUGGUUAAAAUUUGCACAGAAUUGCAGGUGAAAAGUCCAAGAAGCAACUGAAUUUAGACUUUAGAAAUGAGUGACUUUAUUCUACUUCUGUGGUUUUCAAAUUAUUUUAGCAGCAGAACCCUGUUUGCAGUAAGAAAUCUUUAUGGAGACCUAAUGUGUGAAAUAAUUUGUAUUUUAUUAGCUUAAAUUUAUUUUGAGGUUAAACUUAUAGCACUUCGUGAAUAAUGUAAAAGGCAGUGAAAAUGGAAAUUAACAAAUUGGUGGUUUCCAAGGUAGAAAAAUUUGGUAUUGAAUGAGUGUACAUGUUGCUUUAUUAUAGUUUAAAAAACGGUAUUUGAAUUAAAUACUCGUGGAAUCUUUAACGUACCGAUAUGAGACCUAAGUGGCUUGUGGAACAGAAUUGGAAAAACUGCUCUUAAGUCCUUUGGGUUUCAAGUCUAGAAUUUUCUUUAAAGGGAAAUGUCAGACCAUCCAGAUUGACCCACCAGGCACAGAUUCUCGUCUCAUCCAUCCUGCAAUAUACAAAUGCUCCAACUAGGGAGUUUGUUGUAUUUUAAGCCCAGCUCUUUUAGUGGGAAAAAGUAAAUAAGGAGAAGCAGAGAGUGUAGGAAAUGUUUUGUGUGUGUGUGAGGUUUAAUUUCUGUCUUGAAAGCUUCUCAGUGAUGGGAGCAUUGUCCCAACCAUUAAGGAGGGACCGUUUCUCCCUAUGAAAUGAAGGGUGUGUUCCGUGGAAAACACCAUCUCCAGCCCCCAAGGCUUUGACAUUGCCCUUCUGGAAGGUUCUGAGUGACCUUUGGAAAUAGGGAUACAAUGUGACUCUGCUGGAAGUAAGGAAGUAAGUACACUAACUCACAGGACUAUUUCUCUGCUUCUCCUACAAGACAAAUGACUAAGUUAAGUUUAGGAGAGAAUGCUUUUGUUAUGAAAAACAGAAUGCCCUCCUACAGAUUGGUUUUAAUGAGAUGAGGGCUGAGAAGAAAGUGUGGAAUGGGGUAUAUUUGAGGAAGACAAGACUUUGCUUUUGAACAGAAAUCACUACGCUUGCCAUUGUGGGAUGGUAAAUCAAGAGAGUAGGAAUAGGGCUUCCCUGGUGGCACAGUGGUUAAGAAUCCGCCUGCCAAUGCAGGGGACUCAGGUUCGAGCCCUGCCAGGAAGAUCCCACAUGCUGCGGAGCAACUAAGCCCGUGCACCACAACUACUGAGCCUGUGUGCCACAACUACUGAGACUGUGUGCCACAACUACUGAAGCCCACGCGCCUAGAGCCCGUGCUCCACAACAAGAGAAGCCACUGCAAUGAGAAGCCUGCACACCGCAACGAAGAGUAGCCCCGGCUCGCUGCAACUAGCUAGAGAAAGCCCACGCACAGCAACGAAGACCCAACACAGCCAAAAAUAAAUAAAAUUUUAAAAAGAGUAGGAAUAUACCAGUCUUACUUUAAGUUAGGUUUGUGGCAUCAUGCAUAUUUAUAUUUACAUUUGUAUUCAUAAUGCUCAUAGCACUACAUGCAUUUUAAAGAAAAUGGUGAUAUUAAGAAAAGUUGAUGGAGAAGAAAAAAAGUAAUGUGUAUUUCUAUAGCUCAAGGACAGCUAUUGUUAAUAUAUUUUGAUAUAUUUCCUUCUCGUCUUUUUUUUUUCCUAAUAUAGUUGUCAAUUGAUGUCUUUUAGAGCUGACAGUUGAUCUUGUACCUUGAAUGGAAUAUAAAUGCUAGUUGUAUAUUCUUCCUGAAGAGCAGGUUUGGGGAUAUACGAGAGUUAGCUAUACUCUUGAGUGUUCAUCACUGGAUUCUAAGACUUACUACUGAGCCUUCCUUUUUAAUCGAGCCAGCCUCACAUGAAUGGGCCCUAAGAAAUAAUGAACUGAAUUCUGCUUUUUGAUAUGCUUCUGCAUUUAGAUGGACAAGUCAUAGAAAAUAGCUGUUAAAUAUAUGGUUCUACAGGUUUUGAUGUUUUCAGAUUUUAAAAAAGUGCAUAGCUUAUUUCAUUAAUUGAUGUGCAAUCAAGAAUCCUUUUUUUCCCCCCUGAUAAUUCAGGGAAGUGGAGAUUUGACAUUUAGGAGUUAGGUCACGGCAGUUACUCAGCAUGGCUAUUAGAUAUCUGUUCUGGUUAGAAUUUACCUAAGAUAGAUAACCAGCAGGAACUGGAUUUAGAAUAUUAAAAAACAUUAAUUUACCAAGUGAUCAUUUAAGUUAAUGAUUCUUGUUUUAUAGUGUUUGAUUGAUGAUUUUUAGAAAAUAUUUUCUCCCCUUUAUAAUGUAAAACAGGCACUUCAGUGAAUAUAUUGCGGUGUUUGGGGAUGAGAUAUCUACAUCACUUUGGUAAUAGGCUACCUUUCGGGGGAACUCUGUGCCUGUCCUUCUGAAGAGUGCCUAUAAAACAUGAAUUGUGGGGCUUCCCUGGUGGCGCAGUGGUUGAGAAUCUGCCCGCCAAUGCAGGGGACAGGGGUUCGAGCCCUGGUCUGGGAAGAUCCCACGUGCCGCAGAGCAGCUGGGCCCGUGAGCCACAAUUACUGAGCCUGCGCGUCUGGAGCCUGUGCUCCGCAACAAGAGAGGCCGCGAUAGUGAGAGGCCCGCGCACCGCGAUGAAGAGUGGUCCCCGCUUUGCCACAACUAGAGAAAGCCCUCGCACAGAAACGAAGACCCAACACAGCCAUAAAUAAAUAAAAUAAAAAUAAAUUUUAAAAAAAUUUAAAAACAAAAAAAAAGCACAUGAAUUGUGGAUCAAAGUUGUUCAGUUGGGGGACUAACCUUGAUGGUCAUCAAGCACAGGCUUUGUAAAAAUACCAUCACGUAUUCUAUUUAUUGGAUUUCUCAGGUGUGUAAAAACUUCUUACUAGUUCAUUAUGCUUACAUGAGCUGGUACCAUACCGAAGGCUCCAAAACCGGGACGUGAUCCUUCCCUGGCUCUUUAUCCCUCGGGGCUGACAUGAAACCAUCUCUGGGGGACCGGUGAGGGCUGAAGCUUGCCUGGCCAGAGCCCCUCUCAUAGCUCCUUUUUCCCAAAUGAACUUGGCACCUUUAACAGCCAGCUCUUUGUCUGGGUGCUGCUGAUUCAGCUGGUCAAAGAGGGGUCUCAGGCCAGGUUGGGAUUCUCAAUGGAUUUUAUAGACAUCGUUCUCCUACAGAUGGUUUUUUCUUUUUCUUUUUUUAAUGACCCCUACUCUAAGGGACUAAUUGUUUGAAUUGUAUCUUUCCAUAUAUGUUAAACCAGAUUUAAGACGAUUUUGUAACCACAGUAUGUAAUCAGAGCAAAUAGAGUAUUUUCAGAUAUAUACCUUGUUCUGUACUUCAUGUAGGGUGUGCUGUCUAUGGGUGGUAGGCCCACUGGCUGUAGCAUUUAAUCUCCAUUACUUUGGGAGUAAUUCAAGGCCCUUUGAAAUGGAGCUUUUGCACUUUAUGCUCUUUUUGUGAACUGACUGUGAGAGCUAUGUUUGAUAUUAAAGCUAUAAGUGGUGUUUCCUGUGAAUACGUAUAUGUGUGUGUUUAUUUCCAAAAUGAUUUCUGCAAUGGCUGCAGUGAGGAAUACAUUUAAUGGAUUGUAAAGUGCAUUUGUUCAAAUUCAUUUAUUUAAUGAAUUUGGGUAUCAUUGUUAUUAAACAUAGUUAAAAUUAGUGUAGUUUAAUUGUUGGUUUCUCCUCAGAGCUGUGAAAUUAAUACACCUACAUAUUUCCAGUAUAGAAGUAGCUAGAGGCAGUUUAUUUUUAUUGAAAGUUCUCUAAUUAUGUCAUG